AUGAGCGCACCCGGACAACAGCCGCCAUCGGCCGAGGCCCAGAUUGGGUCAGAGAGAGUCGUCAAAGACGCUGCCAUUACCGUCAAAGAAAAUGUAAAGGAAGAGAAGGCACCUGUAGCCAACUACUGGCGCAUUCUCUCCCAUCGAACUUCCACCGAUGGCUUUGCCCUACUUGUUGGCUUCCUGUGCGCUGUCGGAGCGGGGACAGCUCUUCCACUAAUGAACAUCGUUUUGGGGCACCUGGUUGGCGACUUCAAUGGGUACUUCGUUCCAGAUAGCUCGGUGACCGAAGCCAAAUUCAAGUCCUCUGUCAGCAAGAAUGCGUUGUACAUUGUGUACUUGUUCAUUGGCAAGUUUAUCUUGACGUAUAUCUCUAUGUUCUGUUUUCGAACAACAGGCCUUCGAAUCUCUGCAAAACUUAGACUUUCCUAUCUCGAAUCUCUCUUUGCGCAACCAAUCCAGAAGCUGGAUGAGGUCUCUCCCGGUACUGUGGCAAAUACAAUUACUACCUCGGCCAACACUAUUCAGAUGAGCAUUUCGGACAAACUCCACGCCCUGUUCAUGGCCCUUGCCCUCACAGUUACGGCUUAUGCCAUCGCUUUCCGAUACUCGUGGGCUUUGACACUGGUCGUUAGUUCUGCCUUGCUUUUUAUCCUCAUUGUCUACCACAUAAGUACCCCAAUCGUUAUCAAGAUGUUACAAAGAGUCGAGAAGGCCAACGCAAAAGCUGCAUCCGUGGCAGGGGAGAUCUUUGGCUCUAUUCGGACCGUGUUUUCGUUGAACGCAGAGAAAACGCUGACUGCAAAAUAUUUCUCUUGCGUCGAGGAUGCUCAAAAAGAGGGACUGGCCAUGUCUGUCCAGCUUGGCAUCCAAUUGGGCCCCCUGUUUUUCUCCAUGUACUCGAGCUUUGCCCUGGCCUUCUGGUUUGGUAUCAAGCUCUUUCGUGAAAGACACAUCUCGAACAUUGGCACCGUCAUCACGGUCUGCUUCUCGGUGUUGAUUGUGAUGUCUGUUUUGGGAGCGCUGGCUGCUCCGGUGAUGGCCAUUACCAAAGCAAUCAGUGUCUCCCCGGAAUUUUUCUCCAUGAUCGAUUCUAAGCCGGCAGCCCAUGACGGUCUCUCAGAACCUGAUGUCUCUGCUCACGACGACCUUGAACUGAAAGAUGUAUAUUUUACCUAUCCUACCAGACCAAUUAUCCAGGUGCUCAACGGAUUCAAUGCGCGAUUCGCGAAAGGCAAGACAACCGCCCUGGUUGGGCCUUCUGGGUCGGGCAAAAGUACGAUUGUCGCAUUAUUAGCGCGCUGGUACAGCUUGGAAUCGCCAAAGCCCAACCACGGGACCGUUUCAAUCGGGGAGCGCAAUGUCAAUGAGACCCACUUGAAAUGGUGGAGGUCAAGGAUCGGCCUUGUUCAGCAGGAUCCGUUUCUCUUUCACGAUACCGUUUUCAACAAUGUGGCUUUCGGAUUGAUUGGAACCAGAUGGGAGCACGAUGGCGAAUCCUCCAAACGGGAACGCGUUGAAAAAGCCUGCCAAGAAGCUUUUGCCCAUGAGUUCGUCCAGCAUCUCCCGGAUGGCUACCAGACCAAGGUCGGCGAAAGCGGCAUCAAGCUGAGUGGUGGUCAACGCCAGCGGCUUGCAAUUGCUCGGAGCAUUAUCCGGGAGCCGGCAAUCCUCAUCCUAGACGAAGCAACGAGUUCAAUUGAUGUCCGCGGGGAAAAAAUAGUGCAGCAGGCGCUUGAUCGAGUUUCUCAGGGUCGGACGACAAUCGUCAUCGCACACAGGCUGUCCACCAUCCGAAAAGCAGAUAAUAUCAUUGUUAUGCGUGAAGGCCGCAAACUGGAAGAGGGCACCCAUGAGCAUCUCCUUUCCAUCUCCGAUGGACUGUAUGCAAGCCUUGUACAUGCGCAGCAGCUCAAUGCGGAGGGUGCGUCUGAAAGGGCAGGAGGUGACGAAGCUGCUCACCGUGAGAGCCUCGAGCAGACCGAAAAAACAAACAGUUCUAGCAAGACGCCUCUGGAGGACACAACGACUCCUUACCAACAACAGGGCUUCUUUCUUUCGUUCGGUCGUUUCCUCUACGAACAAAGAAGCUACUGGAAGUUCUAUUUUGUGAUAGUGAUGGCGGCAAUGGGAGCGGGCUCCGCAUUUUCUCUUCAGAGUUAUAUCUUCGCGAAGCUGGUUGAGGUCUUCCAGUUUACUGGGGAAAGACUCCAAGAGCGAGGAGCGUUCUGGUCACUGAUGUUUUCCAUCCUUGCGCUGAGCAUCGGUGCCUGCUACUUUAGCCUGGGGAGCUUUUCCAACCAUCUCUCUGUGUACAUCUCAUGCGCAUAUCGACGAGAAUACUUUCGAGACAUCUUGUCCAACCCUAUCUCCUUUUUCGACGUCGAGGCCAAUGCUUCUGGCUCCCUCAUGUCUCGCUUGUCGACUGAUCCUAAGUUGAUACAAGAACUACUAGGUCUGAACGGGGUAUUCCCGCUUAUCUCCAUCUUCAACAUGAUCGGGUGUAUCGCGAUAGCCUUCUCCUUCGGCUGGAAAAUGACCCUUGUAACCUUCUUCUCCGCCAUGCCGGUCAUCUUUAUCGCCGCGUUUGUUCGCAUCGGCUUCGAGCUGAAGUUUGAGAAGUGGAAUUCCAGAGUUUUCGCUCAAAGCUCCCAGUUCGCAACCGAGGCCAUUGGUGCAUUUCGCACAGUCACAUCUUUGACCAUGGAAGACUCGAUCAUCAAUAGGUAUUCAGAACUUUUACAGGAUCAGGUUCGCAAAGCCACUUGGAAGGCGACAUAUGCUACACUGGUCUUUGCCCUCUCCGAUAGCGUUGAGCUCUGCGCAAUGGCUUUGACGUUCUGGUAUGGAGGACAGCUCCUGGCCAGUCGGGAAUACAAUCCCGUACAGUUCUUCGUCAUCUACGUGGCCAUUGUACAAGGAGCACAAGGCGCCGGACAAUUUUUCAGCUUCGCCCCGAACAUGGCUCAAGCCACUGCUGCUGCGAACCGCAUUCUGAGUCUUCGCCACGAGGUUACUGAAGGGCAAAAAGCCACCACAAUGGGCAAGACGUUGCAGACAUCAAGUACCAAAGAAGGAGCAAGUAUCAAAUUCACGGAUGUGACCUUCAGAUACCCGACACGAGACACCCCAAUUUACCGUUACCUCACUCUAUCGAUCGACAGCGGUCACUUCGUUGCCUUCGUGGGUCCUUCAGGAUGUGGUAAGACGACAGUUAUCUCACUACUUGAGAGAUUCUACGAUCCGCUCUCCGGAACAAUCACUUUCAACGGCCAAGAUAUCAGGGAGAUCGAAAUCUCAUCCUACCGUCGCACGCUGUCCCUGGUCGCUCAGGAACCGAAACUCUUCGAUGGGACGAUCCGCGAGAAUUUGGUUCUUGGUCUCGAGGGUCACCACGGGGAAACGACAGAUGAAAAGAUCCUUCAGGCCUGUAGAGACGCCGAGAUCCACGACUUCAUCAUCUCCCUCCCCGAUGGCUACGGCACAGCUCUAGGGAUAAACACGCAGACCUCUCUCAGUGGCGGCCAGAAACAGCGUUUGUGUCUCGCUCGUGCCCUGCUACGCGACCCGAGGCUCCUACUCCUCGAUGAAGCCACAUCCAGUCUUGAUUCGCAGUCGGAAAAGCUCGUGCAGGGUGCCAUCGAGCGCCUUGUGGGACAACGCAGCAUGACUGUCAUUGCUGUAGCGCAUCGACUCGCCACAAUCCAGAAGGCAGAUGUGAUUUUCGUGUUUGGCGAGAGUGAAGCCGGUCGUGGCUCCAGAAUCCUUGAACAUGGCAGCCAUCAUGACUUGGUGAGGAGGAGGGGCACUUAUUGGCAAAUGGUAAGCACGGAUUUGAGACUUCCCUGUUUUGUUUUUGUUUGA